CAUGCGACGAGAGCCUAUUCCUGAUGGGCGAGGGGGAGUCGCUUGUGCUUCUGCUGGUGUACGUGGAUGACAUCCUGCUCUUCAGCAGCAGUGACAAGGAGAUCGAUGGGGUGCAGCAGAAGCUCACAGAGCAGUUCAAGUGCAAGUCACUUGGAGAGGCAAGGUACUACCUGGGAAUGCACAUUGAGCGGGAUACUGAACGUGGCUGGCUCAAACUGCAUCAGGGACAGUACAUCAACACCUUGGCUGAGAAGUACUCUCUGCAGGAAGAACGGCUUGGAGAAGGAAAUGUGUUCCUUUCCUGUUUUGCUGAUGCCACAUGGGCUUCUGAGCAUGAGGAUUCAUCAUCAGUAGGUGGAUACAUCUGCAUGGUGGGAGGUGGGCCUGUAAGUUGGAGGUCCAAGAAGCAGUCUGAGACGGCACUAUCGUCAGUGGAAUCUGAGUACAUGGCGAUGUUUCAUGCGGCAAAAGAAAUGAUUUGGCUAAGAAGGCUCUUGAAGGAGAUCGGCCAUGAACAGACUUGUGCGACACCUCUGUUCAGUGACAGCAAGGGAGCCAUUGCCAUGGCACGCAAUGCAGUUCUUCAUGGGUUGAACAAGCACAUGAGGAUCAAGUGGCAUUGGCUGCGGAAGGAGGUGAAGCUUGGGACACUAGAUCCGAUCUACGUGAAAACUCAGCAACAGCCAGCCGACUUCCUUACCAAGCGGCUAGCUGAAGAGCCACACUGGCGCUGUGUGAGGAUGGCGGGAAUGUCCUUGAACUAGAGACGGCGAAACAAGCCGACAGUCUGA